AUGGUCACUGUCCCUAUAGAAUAUCUAUCCCAUGAAGCCAUCAAAAAGAAAUCCUUUACCAACCUUGUAGAAGCUCAUCAGAAAGCUGAAGUGGCAGGCCAAGAAGCAGACUUACAAGAAUCACUUCGGAAUGUUGUCCGCCAACAAUGCAACGGCUACACCCCCUGUUCAUGGCAAGUGGAUGCCGCUGAGGCCUUUACUUUGGGACUCGACUGCACCAUUAUUGCUGGCACAGGAUCUGGAAAGACUUUGGCUUAUGUCAUGCCAUCCUUUGUACAGAAGGAUGGCAUAACAGUUGUUAUAUUGCUGUUGAAAACUAUAGAAGAGGAACAGGCCAAUCAGUUUCAUGCAUGGGGUGUACAGUCAGUUGCGGUAAAUGGGAACACAUAUAAUCAAGACUUACACAAGAAAUGUGUACUCGAAUACAUAGUUGGCGAAGCCCACUGUAUCUCACAGUGGGGAGGUGACUUUUGGCCAGUGUAUGCCAAAUUAGAUAGGCUCCAUUCAUUUGUGCCUCUAGGCACACCUAUAUAUGCAAUGUCAGCUACAAUGUCCCCUGCUGUCUUGGCCAAGGUUCAAAAAACACUGCACAUUAGCGCAUCAAAAUCCUUUCAUUUGAACUUGGGAAAUGACCAACCUAAUGUAAUGCAGGAGCUUUGCAUCAUUGCUGGCUCUGCAGACUAUUCAGCCCUUGAUUUCAUUGUCAAAGACGCACAGGCUGCCAAUGAAAUACCACGGGCACUCAUCUUUGUUAACACUGUUAGUCAGUCCCAGGCCGGCUUUUGGAGACUCCACAAAAUUGUAUCUGACCAACUAAAGAGUCAAAUCAGUUAUUUGAAUGCCAGACACUCACCACGCACCAGGAAAACUGUCUUGCGUGACUUUUGUGAAGGAAAAAUAAGGGUCAUGUUUGUAACCAAAAUAGGUGGCAUGGGACUCGACAUACCAGAUGUUGAGUUGGUGAUCCAAUUUGGAGUCCCAUCAUUACUGUCAGUAUGGCUCCAAAGAGCAGGCCAAGCCGUCCGCAACUUCACUCUUCAAGGACGUGUUAUAAUGAUGGUUGAAGUGUCAGUGCUUCAACGCAUUAGUAAAGCAAAGAAAGUCAGAACUGAAGAAGAGAACUUAGAGUCAGAAGAUGAGCUUGAAGACUCAGACCAUGAGAUUGGAAUAGAGAAAGAUCCAACGUACCGCAAGAAAAUAGAAGAGCCUCUUCAAGCCUGGAUUGAAACCACAUGUUGUUGGCGUGAUAUUGCAGAUGUAUUUUACAAUAAUCCACCCAGCCGUACAUCACCUACCAGUGUCUGCUGUGACAACUGCAACAGAACUGCGACGGGCCUUAUGCCCUCCAAUAUUAUUUUACCUCUACUCAGUCCUGCUUACACAUCCUCCGAAACUAGUGACAAGGAGCAGGAAGACACACCUACCCAUGAACAGAAUGUAAUGGGCAAGUGUGUGAUGAAAACCGCUGAUCAGAAUUCCCCACUCACUCGAUGCACAGGCCAACAUCUCCAAACCAUCAAGGAUACUCUGGACCAUUGGCGUGUGACGAUCUGCCAGCGUGACUAUCCCCACUGUUCAUUUACUGGCCUUGCACUUCUCCCCAAUCUCACUCUAAAAUCAAUAGCCUCUAAUCAUUCGUGGAAAACAAUUAAUGACCCUUGCAAAUCUCUCAGGGACUCAUGGCCAUUAGUUGAUGUAUAUGGUGGUGAGGUUCUGGACUUGGUAAGGCACUUGUACCACAAAGUGCGAGAGUCUCAUGAAGGGGCCAAAGUUGAGAAACACCAAGCAAAGAAGCUUGCAAGGGAGGCCGUGAAGGAGGAGAAGAAGGCUGUAGGAAGGGAGCUGCAAGUGCAGAAAUGA